GCCACGAAGCUACUCGUGGUCUCGGAACUGAGCGCAAAAGUGCCACAGGUGACGGGAUGCAUGGACACACAGAUGAGAGGGAUUGCGCGUCGUAGAUGUUGCAAAUAAGUAACAAAAAUCGCUCCAAACAAAAGUUUGAAAUGUAAGAUUUCACGAUUUGAAGCCUCUUUCUGCACGGUGUAGAAACUCUCCGCUUUCAUCACGUCACUUCUCGGGAGAUCAUGAAACAGUGUCGGGAUGUGGCUCAGGCGAGGACAAGUUGAGGAAGCUGAGGAAAGAAAUCUUCACCAAUUAGGCAGCCAAGUUCCUCUUCUUCGCCGCUCCCUUUACGCACAGGCAAGGUGAGGACGGAGAGCAUCACGUCAAUGUAAGGACGCACCAAUGAGUCAUCGGAGGUGCUGAGAGAGCGGCAGCACACAGGACAAGCACAAGGACCAUUUUUUUUAAUCGUGAAACUUUUUAUUUUUUUUUCAAAACAGAAGCACACCAUGGAUGAAGAAGGGGGAUCAUCUGGACUGGUCAAAUCAGCCGCAGUUAAACUGUCCAAGAUGGGUGAGAAAACCAAACAGUUAGGUACAGCCAUUAAGGAUCCUCACCAGCAGAGACGGAUCAUAUUAGUGAUUGUUUGCGUUGCUCUCCUGCUGGACAAUAUGCUCUACAUGGUAAUCGUGCCAAUUAUCCCGGACUAUCUUGCAGAGCUGGAGAGUGAGCAGUCAGAGCACGUCCACGUAGUGAUGCACCCCAACUCUUCAGUCAACAGCACAAGCCAAGACAAAAGCAACAAGAACAAUUUAGAUAUCCAGAUAGGAGUACUUUUUGCGUCCAAAGCCAUCCUGCAGCUCUUAGUAAACCCGCUUUCGGGGACUUUCAUAGACCGUGUUGGAUAUGACAUUCCACUUUUAAUUGGACUCUCUGUUAUGUUCUUCUCGACCUGCAUUUUUGCGAUUGGUGAGAACUAUGCCACGUUGUUUUUCGCCAGAAGUUUGCAGGGUCUGGGGUCGGCGUUCGCGGACACCUCCGGGAUCGCCAUGAUAGCUGACAAGUACACAGAGGAGGCGGAGAGGAGCAAAGCGCUCGGGAUCGCCCUGGCGUUCAUCUCAUUCGGGAGUCUGGUGGCGCCUCCUUUCGGGGGAGUCCUGUACGAGUUCGCGGGGAAGAAAGUUCCCUUUAUCGUGCUCGCGAUCAUCUGCCUGGCGGACGGCAUCCUGCUGCUCACAGUCAUCAAGCCGUUCUCCAACAGGACUAGAGAGAACAUGCCAGUCGGCACCCCCAUAUACAAACUCAUGAUCGACCCGUACAUCGCUGUGGUGGCCGGGGCGCUCACAGUUUGCAACAUUCCCCUGGCUUUUCUGGAGCCCACCAUUGCCAACUGGAUGGAGUCCACCAUGCACUCCUCUCAGUGGGAGAUGGGGCUCACGUGGCUGCCGGCCUUCUUCCCGCAUGUCCUCGGUGUGUACUUAACUGUCAAAUUAGCAGCAAAGCAUCCAAACUUGCAGUGGUUCUACGGAGCUGUGGGCAUGGUUAUCAUAGGCGCGAGCUCCUGCACAGUCCCCGCAUGCAAAACUUUUGGGCAGCUCAUUGCGCCUUUGUGCGGCAUCUGUUUCGGCAUUGCGCUUGUAGACACGGCGCUGCUACCCACUCUCGCCUUUUUAGUCGACGUUCGUCAUGUUUCAGUGUAUGGAAGUGUUUACGCUUUAGCAGAUAUCUCUUAUUCUGUAGCAUACGCCAUGGGUCCGAUAGUAGCCGGACAGAUCGUACACAAUCACGGCUUUGUACAGCUCAAUCUGGGGAUGGGUCUUGUUAAUGUGCUUUACGCGCCAGCUCUGCUGCUGCUGCGCAACGUGUGCCAAAUGAAACCGUCCUACUCCGAGAGAGAUAACCUGUUAGAGGAGGCUCCACAGGGGCUAUACGAUACUAUCAGGAUGGAGGAGAGGAGGGCGAAAAAGAAGGGCUACAGUACCGCAGGGAAUUGUUUGUCAGUAGAUGAAAACGGGUUCGAUCCAUUCAAAGCACAGCGGUCUUUGUCAGAAGAGUCGUCCGGUCCGGAAUACACCUAGACCGGCCACGCUCUGACUCUGACCACUCCCCGCCUUGUAUGAAACAUUCCCCCUGGAGAGAUUUAAACAGGCAGAUUAUAGUCAAGUAACUUAAAGUUUUCUGUAAGUACCGAUGUGCAAUAUAAACACCCUAUCACCAAAAUCACGACUGUGUGAGACGUAAAACGUUUUUUUUGUUUGUUUUUUUACUGUGAUUUAAUUGUGUCCAAAAAGUAUGUGUAGUUUGUCAUGGACGUGUAACUGGAGUUUUGUGAGAGCUCUAUCAGCUACUGUCGACUCUUAAUGUUAUACUGACUAUUGUAAAAAGAUAUAGAUUCAUGCGCGAACAAUAGUAUAUGGGACCAACUUUAAGCAGCACACCCCCCCCCCCCCUUACACAAAAAAAUAGCCUCUAUUUUUAGUCUCUGAGGAAACUUUUUUUACUUGCACAUCAAAGGCCUGAUUUUCUUCUUCUUUUGUUAUAAUGGUGAUUUUAAACUUUGCAACAAGUGGGCCUGUUAAUUGUAAAUUUUAUUUUUCUGUUGUUUGAAAUUAAAUGUAUCAUUAAAAAAUAGAUUUUGUAAAUAUGUGGAUAUAUGCACAAUGUAAAUUGUCAAAUCAUAACGUGGACCUCUACAACAGUGUGUGUGUGUGUGUGUGUGUGUGUGUGUGUGUGUGUGUGUGUGUGUGUGUGCGUGUGUGUGUGUGAGAGUGUGUGCGUGUGUGUGUGUGUGUAUUUAUGUUUGUACGCGUGUGUACGUAUGAAACAUUGUCAAGAUGUAGCAAAUAAAGUGUCCUGAAAAUGAACAAAUAUGUAUUCAUUUAUCAACUGUUGUUUUAAUAAAUCUGUUUGGAUCUGU